AGAAUGAGACAACAAUAGUGCCGUGAAGUGAGAGAUUGGGAAAAAAGAAACACCAACCUACUUAUGCUUCAACGAACAUAAAGCAAGAAAGCAAAAGUCGCAAAACAAACCUCCGCAUAACCUCACUUUUUUGUUGUUUUUCUCAAAAAGUGAGGUGAGAAAAUCAAGUAAAAUUUAUCACCCAAAAUUCGAUGAAAAUUGUGUUAAUUCUUUAAUUGAAUACUUUAAAAAUUAUUUCGUGAAAAACAUGAGCACACGACGUGGGGAAAACAACCGCACGCGGCCACAGAAACACAAAAAUCACACAGCCUUCCGGAAUGAUCUCCACGACAAAACUCCCAAGAUAAAGAUGCUGAACUCCCUGCACGUGUCAGAGGUGUGUGAGCAUUGCCGUGGGGUAAUUGAAUGGAAAAUCAAGUACAAAAAGUAUAAACCACUCUCGCAGCCAAAAACGUGCAUAAAGUGCGGCAAUCGCUGCGUGAAGAAGGCUUAUCACGUCAUGUGCAGAGAUUGUGCACUGAAGCUGAAAGUCUGUGCAAAAUGCAACAAAUCACCAGAGGAUGGGGGUAUCGUGCCACCACAGCCAUCACCCCAGGAACAGAUGCAAAUGGAUGCGGAGAUGCAGCACAUGGUCAAGAGGCUCACAGAGAGGAAAAGAAGGACAUUCCUGAGAUUCUUGAAGAAGGGAAAGAAGAAUGCAAUGUCUGAUGAUAAGCAGGAAGACGAUCAAACAGAGGAUGAGCCGGGUAAUUCCGGUGGGAAUACAACCAAAAAUAAUCCCGAUACAGUACCCCAUACACGCGAGGAACUUCUGGAAAAAAUCCAAUCGCUCAAACUGUCGGAGGAAGACGAUGAAUUUUCUGGUAGUGAUUUCGAUGAUGAUGAAUUUGACGACUCUGAUUCCCAAAGUAAUUGCUCCCUAGAAUAAAAACAGUUCUCCAGAGAGGAGAACCACCAAUUAAUUGAACUACACGAUCUGAUAGUAAAACUCCUCUGGGUCUGGGAGAAGGGGAAUGUGUGGAGUGGAAAAAAAAGUCGGUCAAUUCGCUUCACGUUGAUUUUUAUCACACACAUGGUUUAAAUUGCAUUUUGACGACAUGGCAACAUCAUCCACAUAUAACCGAAUAUAAUCUGUGAGUAUCUUCAUCUUCCCAUUACCUCGUGACACUGUGCAACAAAUAAAUCAGUGUGGAGUGGAGACGAAGAUACGCAAAUUGAAAUGGUAGAAAGUAACUUUUGUUCGCGUCUUGUUUAUCACAACCAUUUCUCACUGUUUGGCAUUCAUUCACAUCACCAACACUCGUGGUGGCUUCCUUCUCUGGGUUAAUUGAAUAAUUAUUUUUUCUGUGCACAGACUCCGCGAGCCCUCAAGCUGAGCGAAUGUUUGCAUUAAUAUUUUUUUUUAUUAUUAAAUUCAAUAUAAUUAUGUGUCGAUUGCAACGGUGAAUGCAACAAAAUCAAUCCCCUGGAAGAACUUUUUUUUUGCAAUUCUUUUGCAUGACCUCAUUUAAUUGCUCAUCAUCCCGCAAGAAGUUCGAUGCACUACUACGAGCAAUCGAGGGGUCAAAAACUGAAUGAAAAAAAAAUGAAUUCAAAGAAUUAAAUAAUUCAACACGCCCCCUCUUCCUUUUAAAAGUAUAAAAGCUUCAAAUAAAUUAAAAUUUAUCAGA